AUGCCAACUUAUGAUAAAUUUAUGAAGGAGUUAUUGUCAAAGAAAAGAAGAUUCAUUGAAGAAGAAACUAUUGAGUUGGAGGGCGGUUGUAGCGCAAUCAUUCAGAAGUCCUUACCUCAGAAAUCUAAGGAUCCAGGCAGUUUCACAAUCCCUGUAACCAUAGGUACUCUACUUGUGGGUAAAGCCUUGUUGGACUUAGGGGCCAACAUUAACUUGAUGCCCUUGUCUAUGAUGAGAAGGAUAGGAGAUUUGGAGGCUAGACCUACUCGGAUGACAUUACAGUUAGCUGACAGAUUAAUUAAGUAUCCUCAUGGAGUGGUGGAGGACGUGUUGGUCAAGGUGGACAAGUUCAUGUUCCCGGUGGAUUUUGUGGUAAUGGACAUGGAAGAGGCUAUAGAGGUUCCUCUAAUACUUGGUAGGCCUUUCAUGAAAGCCGCCAAGGUUAUUAUUGAUGUGGAUGAUGGAAAGUUAAAAGUGAGAGUCCAAGAUGAGGAAGUAAAUUUCAAUGUCUUUGAAGCCAUGCAAUACCCCAAUGAUAAAAAUGAUUGUGUGGAUAUACUUGAUGAUGUGAUCUUUGCCGCUUCAAGUCAAAUACAUAGUCAAAGCUCUUUGGAGAAAGCCCUCAUUGAAGCUUUCGAGUUUUUGAAUGAUGAAGAGGAGAAAGAAAUUGAUGGAUUCCUCCUUCCAUGA